AUGUCGAUUAGAGAAGGACGUGCGCCCAAUUCUAGUUCGCCGGAGUCCUUGAUGGUGGUGAAUCUCUCCACCUAUCGGAUUGAAGGCGAAUUCGAUGCUGGUGGCUGCGGCACGGUGUUGGUGGGCAGCCAUGCCCGCUCCAAGCAGCCGGUGGUGAUGAAAAUGGCCAGCAAAGAGGUGGACCGGCUCCUGCUCGCCACGGAGCGCCGGAUCUAUGCGCGGCUGCCGAAGGCUCGUGGAUGGCCCAGACUCAUCGACGCCGGUACGUAUCGCAAACGCGACGUGCUGGUUUUGGAGCGCCUGGGGCCAUCACUGCAGGACUUACUGAACUUGUGCGGAGGACGCUUCGGUCUGAAGACGGUUUCGCAGCUAGCGCUGCAACUGCUCGACAGGCUGGAAACAUUCCACGAGCUGGGGUACGUUCACCGCGACCUGAAGCCGGACAAUGUCCUGCUGGGUCGCGGAACGACCCGCAAGACGCUGCACUUGAUCGACUUCGGUCUUGCCGAGCCGCGAGAUGACAUUUUGUCACUCGCCUACAUGCUGGUGUUUUUGCUCCGCGGAGGCCUACCGUGGUAUGGUACCGAGGAGCGAUUUGAUCCGGACGAGGCACUGCUUCUGAAGUUGCGCAUUACGCCUAGCGAGCUGUGUAGAGGACUGCCGGCUGAGUUUCAGCGGUUGACCGAGUACGCGUUGCAGAUGGAAUUCUGCGACGCGCCGGACUAUACCGAGCUGAAGCGGAUGUUCCGGAAUCUGCUGCGCCAACAUUCCAUGCAGCACGAUUUGCAUUUCGAUUGGAACCGCUUUCGUAAAGUGACGUGUAAGUCACCCCAGUAUAAGGCGCCGUGA